UUCAACUGAAUUACUUUUUCCUCGUACUGUUAAUGUGACUGCAAAAAAUAAUUGUAUUUAUUUCAACUGCUAAAUAUGUCCAUUAUCAAUGGAACUUACAAAAGUAAUGUUUACCACAUUAAAAGUUAGCUAAAACUAUGACAUCAGAGCCCCGAUCGUCUGUUGCAGCAUGGAAACGUUGCAGCUUAUGUGUUGACACUGCAUUUAAGAGCCCACAAGAAUUCCGGCUUCACUUGCGAAAAACUCACUGCAAAAAGGAAGGGGGCUCUUAUGUAUGUUGCUAUGGAAAAAACAAUAUAUGUGGUUCACUGCCAUUAGAAGGGGUUAAUGAUCAGGAUUAUGAGUAUCAUGUUGUCAAACACCACGUAUUGACAUUUACUGUUGAUGAUGACUUAUCUCAGGAAGAAGCAUUUGCAGAAAAUCUCCGACAAAAAUAUGCUCAUAUUUUUACGUCUAGUCAAAUGAACACUCAGCCAAAUGUUGUUGUAGAUGAAUAUCAAUGGACAGUUUUCAACUGUACGCAAAAUUUACCUGCAGUUCUGAAUGAUCCUAGAAAAACUAAGAGAGAGUACAAUCUCUUUACUAAAACCUGGGGUGACAGUUUUGUGGAUGGCAUCAGCUUACCUUAUACAUCUCUACCUGAAAUAACACGUUCUCAUUUUGAAACAUAUAUAAAGCAUAUCCGUAAAGGUAUUAGAAGAAAUGCUACUAAAUCAUCAAAAGAAUCUAAAGCAGAAAAAGUACCGCAAUUAGUAUCUCCAGUUGAAAAAUUAAGCUCAAAAAUUGCAGAUAUUGAGGAAAUACCUUCAAUAUUUUUACAAUCAGAUUUUAACUUAGAAAAUCCUGAAACUUUUAAUGCUGUUAUUCCCUGGUCAGAAUUAUAUGAAAAUUCCAGUCAGAAAAACUCUGUCAAGCUGUUGCAAGAAAAGCUGAGCCAUUGCUUAGAUAUAGCAGAAGUUCACAUAGCGAAACAAAUUUCUAUGCGAUCUGAAGCUUUUUUCCAUGCCAUGACAUCUCAUGACGCUUUGAUGGACCAGCUCACUGACGUCAUUAAAUGUGUUUGUGAUUUGAGAGAAAGAAUACAUGCUAUUGAAGCUGAAUUAGUUACAGGACCAAUGAAAAUAAUGAGACUUAAACGAAGACAGAAAAAUGUAUGCGAAAUACAUGAAAAGUUGAACCUAAUAUCUACUGUACAUCAAACUCAGCCAACAAUUCAAAAACUCUUGAGUACCUCUGAUUUUGCUGGUGCCUUAGAAAUGAUUUAUACUACCCAAGAUGUUUUAGCCCAAGAGUUGAGUGGAGUUCAUAGUUUUAGGCAUCUUGGAUCCCAGCUUGCUGAAAUGGAAAAAGUUAUUGGGAAAAUGAUGCAAACAGAUUUUAUACGUUAUGUUACAGCAGAUUUGAACAGACCUCACACUGAAUGCCUUAUUAUGGAAGAAGAGAGGUUAAUAUCCAUUGUGUUUGGUAUGCUUAGGCAGGCUCAUUUUAGUUUCAUUCAAACGUUUAAAGAAGAGUGUUUAACUACAAUAAAAGCUCUCAUAAAACAGACAGUAAUCGAAGAGAUAUCCAAAACUGAUGAAUGUGACGUAGAAAGCAACACUGGCAACCUCGCCGAACAACUGAGGUCAUUAAAUUUCCCAAAAUGGUUAAGUCUCCUACAGUUAGUUAUGAAAAACCUUCAUUUUCUUCUUCAGCGAAUUCAGGCCUUGUAUGAAGCAAUGGAUGACACAUUAGAAGCAGCUGCUGGGCAUUUUUCUGUCAUAGAAUCUGAAGAUAACUCUCAUCGAAGACACUCACUGCAUUUAAUGGAAAGUGAAAUCAUGAUUUAUGAGCAGGAUUAUGUAAAACUGAAGCAGAAUUUAAAAGAAGCUCUCUGUUCUGUUUGUGAUCAUGCACAUGAUUGUUGUGCGAGAAUCUUCACAGCAAAAGCAAAGGAUAGUAGCUUGGAUAAAUUGACAGUAUCAGAAUUCAUAGAACUUGCCAACUGUGUAGAAAAUUUCCAACAACAAAGUGAAUCUAUAUCUGGCAAACAGAGUACGGCAUUACGCCUUGCACUGCAGAAUCAGGCAAAUCGUUUUGUAUCUCGAUUUCAUGAAGAACGUAAAACAAAAAUUGGGUUAAUUUUAGAAAAUGAACAGUGGAAGCAAGCUGAUGUUCCAAUGGAAUUUCAAGAAUUAGUUAAUAACAUUAUUUCUUCUGGUUGCAUUACCUCGAUAAAAAGUACAAUAGAUACUCUUCAGAAAGAACCACAAACAUACCUAAUAGUGAACAGUGAAAAUUUUGCAGUGUGCGGAACUGCAUUGAUGCUGUUGAAAAUGGUGAUAGAGUACUGCCAGUGUGCUGAAAAGGUUCCCCUGCUUGCUAAUGAUUUGGCAAACCGUCUGGUAGAUUUGUUAAAGGCAUUUAAUUCUAGAACGUGUCAAUUGAUAUUGGGUGCUGGAGCUUUACAAGUGAUUGGUUUGAAAACUAUUACAACAAAGCACUUGGCCCUAACUUCCCGAUGCUUACAUCUCAUUGUGUAUUUCAUUCCAUAUGUAAAAAAUCAUUUCCAAAAUAAAAUUCCUGGAAAACAGCAACUUUUGGACAAACAUUUUGAUCAAGUUGUUAAAACUUAUAGUGAACAUAUUCGUGAAAUUAGCCAUAAACUUGAAUCAAUCAUUUGUGAUAUGCUUGAAGUUCAACUAAAAAAGUGGGAAGUAAAAGCUCCUGUACCUUCACCCUCAUUCAACACAAUUUCAAAACACCUGAACAAUUUUCAUGGAAUGGUUCAUAAUGUACUGCCACCUGAAGAGCUGCACAGCAUUUUUCUGAGGAUUAAUAAUUCUUUUAAAAGCAAACUGCGUAAUCACCUUGCUAGAUUACAAGUGAAUAACGAUGGAGGACCUCAACAUGGGUUGGUCGCCCAAGAACUUACUUUCUAUACACGUAAUUUAAAAAAGCUUCAAGUUCCAUGUGAUUUUAAUAUGAAUGAGCUAUGGCAGCUUAGAUAGUACUAAAAGAAUUGUAUAUUUGAAAAGAAUAUUA